AUGGGAUCUGGUAAUGAAGUUCAUUCUGUUGGUGAGUUUAGUUUAGAUGCUAAGUGGAUUAUAGAUCCUAAACAAUUGUUUGUUGGUCCUAAAAUUGGAGAAGGGGCUCAUGCUAAAGUCUAUGAAGGAAAAUAUAAAAAUCAAAAUAUUGCAGUUAAAAUUAUCAACAAGGGAGAAACUCCAGAAGAGAUUUCGAGGAGAGAGGCUCGGUUUGGUAGAGAGGUUGCUAUGUUGUCGAAAGUUCAACACAAAAAUUUAGUCAGGUUUAUUGGGGCCUGCAAAGAACCUGUGAUGGUUAUAGUUACCGAACUUCUAUUAGGUGGAACAUUGCGUAAAUAUCUCUUGAGUAUGCGACCAACGUGCUUGGAUAUGCGUGUGGCUGUUGGAUUUGCUCUUGAUAUCGCACGAGCAAUGGAAUGCUUACACUCACACGGGAUCAUUCACCGCGACCUUAAGCCUGAUAACUUGAUCUUGACCGGAGAUCACAGGACAGUAAAACUUGCUGAUUUCGGUCUAGCCAGAGAAGAGUCCUUAACAGAGAUGAUGACUGCUGAAACAGGAACAUAUCGUUGGAUGGCUCCAGAACUUUACAGCACCGUUACUCUAAGACAAGGUGAGAAGAAGCAUUACAAUCAUAAAGUUGAUGCAUACAGCUUUGCAAUUGUGUUGUGGGAGCUCAUCCAUAACAAGUUGCCCUUUGAAGGCAUGUCUAACUUACAAGCAGCAUACGCGGCGGCUUUUAAGAAUACAAGACCUAGUGCUGAAGAGCUUCCAGAGGAUUUAGCUAUGAUUGUAACAUCAUGCUGGAAAGAGGAUCCAAACGAUCGCCCUAAUUUCAGUCAAAUCAUACAGAUGCUCCUUCGCUAUCUCUCUACCAUUUCGCCAUCAGAACCAGUUGUUCCGAUGCGGAUGGCUUCAUCGGAUAAUAUUGUAUUGCCACCAGAAUCUCCUGGUACAAGUGCAUUAAUGUUCCGACGAGACGACCCUGGUGAAACCCCGAAAGCCAAUGUAGAAGAUAGGUCCAAAGGGUAUUUCUUCUGCUUCAAUAGGUGUUAUUGA